UGGGACAGCCGUUGGCUCUCCAGGCCCAACGGUCCUCCAACAGCUGGAGAAGGAACAGCAGAGGGGUGAGGGCUGCCACCAUCCCUUGCAGCCCUGCAGACCCUGCCCAUUCCAUCCACGUGCCCUCGGUUGGACAUCACAGCCAUGGAGACGGACAAAGGAUGCCAACCCCAGAUGGGUGAGAGAAACAAAAUGCUGAAAGAACAAUUAGUGUCUCGUCUCCGCUUUGGACCAGAGAGGGCAGAGGUGCUGCUUAUGGAAAAAGGCAGAUGUAUCCUGUGUGGGCCGGCUGGCAGCAGCAGGAAGGAUGGCAGGGAACUGCCGUCUCCGGUAGAGAAGAAGUACUCCAUCCUUCACACAGCAGUUUAUAGAGCAAGAACAGAAAGUAAGCACAAAGCAGAAAGAAACAAAGAAGGCGGUGUGCAUUUUAGUAAACUACUCUCAAAAAGGCAUAAAGAUGAAAGAGAAGAGUCUGUUUGUCAGCCCAUGGGAGGGUCUGACCAUGAGGCAAUGGAGCUGAAGAGGAGCGGAACAAAAGUGGCACCCACAACCUCAGAAGACAAUAAUGGCGCAUCACCUUCUUCAGCUCUAUAUGUUGCAGAUAUAACGACUGACAUACAGAAGUCCGCUUUGGAACCAAGUUGCCUUAAGGUUUGUGAGCAGCCAAAUGUUCGAAGUUCUCUGAAGAAGCCUAUGAAAGCAAAAGUUUAUUCGUACGAUGAAACAGAGCCAACUGAUGAUGACGUUAUAAUGCACAUUUUGAGGCUUCGAGGCAAACUUGGCUGGCAAACAAAGUUACCAUCCUCCGAGUGUUUAGCUAGAGAGGCUGAUGUGGCCAGGCUUCAGAAGUUUGCGCUUACGAGACCCUCACUGCCAAGAGAUAGUGGUGAAUAUAUAUAUUGUCUUCAAAAAUACAAGAACAACCUUAGAGUUCCCUACAACCCAUACAAUUUAAAGGCUGUCUCUACAAAUACAGCUAUGCACAGCAAAGAAUACUGGACUAUUACAGCGUCAUUUGUGUCUAAGUUUCAUGUAAGCCAGAAAUUAGGAGAAAUGGAAGUCACACCUGUACCACAAUGGCUGCGUGAAAGACAUCUGUUUUAUAGAUUACUCAACUUGAAUUUAUUUUCCAAUUUCAGGGACAACAGGCUUUAGCUACACAUCUCGUGCAUCCAUCAAGAAUGAAGAAAUUCCUUCUGCACUGGAAAAUCAAUGUUGGAAGAAGCAAGGUGAACAAGAGCAAAUCAGUAUGAAUGCAGGUGGUUGUGCAUG